UUUGUAACAUCCGGAUAUUGAUAUUCUAGUGUACUUGUGUACAAGUAUAUAAUUUCACAAUACAUACGACAAAAGUUAACAUUAUCUUCUCAAAAUACAUCAGGUAAACGUUCAAAAUGGCGGCUCAGAGUCUAAAUCAAAUGAAACAAAGGGAAAGACGAAUCAUUUUAGUCGGGAAAACUGGCAAUGGGAAAAGCUCAACAGGAAAUUCCUUACUACAAAUGAACGCAUUUCCCCACAAAAUGAGCCCAAACGCUGUGACGGAAACAUGCAUAAUGAAAAGUGGUAUAAAUGCUUUGAAUACCAUUAGAUACAAGGUUGUAGAUACACCGGGCCUUCUAGACACAUCAAAAAGUGUUGGUGAAAGGGCACUUGGAAUUCAAAAAUCGCUAGACAUUUGUCCAGACCCGCAUGCGUUCUUGCUAGUUUUUAGUGCGAAUAAUCGCAUGACGACCGACGAACGAUUUACUAUAGACAUGCUCCGGAUUAUCUUUGGAGAAGUGAUAUUUAAACAUGCUAUUGUCGUUUUCACACACGGUGAAAUGUUCGAAUCCGACAUGGCAUUCAAGCAGUUUUGGACAGCGAACGAGCAAUUUGUGAAACUAGUAGAACUUUGUGAGAAUCGUGUUGCAAAGAUAGAGAAUGAUCAUGAUUAUUUCAAUGUAAAUGUAGGCACAGGGUUAAUUAUUAAAAUGGUCGAAGAAAUGUCUGAUGCAGGGGAAAAGAUGUAUAGCUACAAUGAAUUGAAAACUCACAGAGAAGUAAUCGAAAAGCACUCUAAAAGCUACCAUGGCAAUGGCAAUGUUCACGAAGAAGUGUCCGAAAUUGUUCAACAGAUAGGAAAGAAACUUGACAGGAAGAAGUGGAAAACGAUGUUGUAUGGUGGUGUUUUAAUAGGAGGGGCUAUGGGGGCAGGAUAUCUAGCUGGGGCAGCAGGGGCAGCUAGCGCCAUAGCCUCAACAGGUCUGGGUGCAAGUAUGAUGAAUGGCGCCGUUGCGAUAGGUGGCGCUGUUGCCAGUACAGCUGGAUCAGCUGCAAAUGCAGCGGCCGCGUCUAGAGUUGGGGCUGCAAUGUUGAAUAACGGCGCUGCUGUAGGUGGAGCUGUCUUAAAGACAGCAUGGAAUGUUGCAACCAAAGUCAGGUUUUGGUAAUUCUUAUUUUUGCCCUGUUUGUAAUGAAACACUCAACAACGCUUCACACAAUUGUGGAAGUAAUCAUUUUCAUAUGUUGUUACUGAAAUACAUAUAAUAUCGAAUUAUGAUAUGAUAUAAUUUUUGUGUUGAAUGAAGCUUGGCCACGUGCAUGUGACGUGGAGCUUAGGCUCACUUUAAAAGGGAUUGUAAAACAGUUUACGCACCUGUCUUACACGGCCGGUGUACAUUUAUCUGUGGAUGCUAUCACGGUAGUCUUUAUUUACAUUUUCGUUCGCAAAGUCGCUUCAAUCAUAAAAUAAAUUGGUUAUUUUACAAAUGUCCUAAAUUAUUAUUUAUUAUUAGCAUGGUAUACUUUUACAUAUAUAGUUUUGGUAAAUAGAUUUCUGAAAAUGGCGUAACUUUAUUUGAUUAAUUUUAUAUCCAUUUAUACAAUUUUCAUUUAGGCAAUCAGUUAGUGACAUAAUAUAUACAUGCAUAAUUAUAUUACAAUAGCAUAUUUAUAAUUCGGCUGAUAUAAACAAAGAGAUUCUUUAAGCAGUCAGCUAUAAGAUAUACUGUUUAUACCUAUUUUUAAAAGAUGUUAGAGAACAUUUUAUGCGAAUUUCAUUUGGUAUUGAAUUCCAAACAUUUGCACCAUUGUAACAAAAGUUUUUUUACCAUAGUUUCUAUUAUAUUUAGGUAUAACUAUGUCAUUAUGAGCAGCAGAUCUUAGAUUGUAUGUUUCAUUGUUGGAAAAGGUUAAAGUUUCAGAGAUAUAUGAAGGUGCUAAAUUGUUGCAACCUUUGCGGAAGUUAAUCUUUCAUGUAACAACGUUCACCCAAGUCCUUCUGGCAUAUCUUAUUGUUCUUGUUUGGAACUUUUUAGACAAAAUUAUGCUUGCAGCUCUACCUUGAAUGAAUUUUCAUUAUUUUCUUUAAAGAACUCAUAUUUCUUUGACACCAUACAGUACAACAAUAAUCAAAUAUUGACAUUAUAUAUGCAUUAUAGAAUAACUUUUUCAUUUCAUCUGUGCAAUAGUACGAUAAACGUCCCAACAAUGCUAUUUUUAGUUAAGUUUAAUGAAAACUGUUUUCAAUUUGAACAUUCUACGACAAUGUGUUGUCUAUAUAAACACCUAAUAAUUUUUGCACCUGGACAUUUUGUAAUACUUGGUUAGAAAUAGUUCUGUACAAUUGUUACUUUUUUGUUUAGUACACAAAACCAUGUACAUUUUGUGUAUUUUGUUUUCUUGGAUGAAAUGACAUAUUGUUUAAAUUGCACCAUUGUUGCAUAACAUCUAAAUUCCGUUGGAGUUUAGUUUGCACUUUAUCUAAAUCAUAAUUUGAUUCAUACAUGGCAGAGUCAUUAGCAUAGAGUCUAUAUUGCCACUCUUUGAAGCUAAAGCGAUAUCAUUGAUAUAUAAUAAAAAAAAGUGGGCCAAGAAUAGAAUCUUGAGGAACUCCAGAGGUUACAAGCAUACAUUUAGAUUUGGUGUUUCUCACUUUUAUCACUUGAGUUCUGUUUGAUUUUAUCACUUGAGUUCUGUUUGAUAGAUAUGAUUUUAAAAAAUCAACUUUUAUUUGAAAAAUGAUAAAGUUUAAAUUUAUGCAAUAAAAUAUUGUGAUCAACAAGAUCAAAAGCUUUUCGUAGAUCUAUAACGUUCCGACAUAUUUACCAGACUCUAUCUGAAAGCCAUGCUUCUAUUAUAGUUUAGUUAGUGCUGUAUGCUAAUGACGUUGUAAUAUGGUCACCAAAGUAGCGCAAUAUAUUUGGACCGAUUCUAUCAAAUCCUGUUGAUUUUAUCAAUAUAUUUUUUAACUUCGGAAGGUGUUAUAGGUUAAAAUAACAAAACAUGUAUGGGUAUUUAGUUUACUGAGAAAUCUGAUUCUACAAAAGCCGUUUUCUUAAUAAUAUUUGAUAUAUUGGUGAAAUGUUCAUUUAGCAUAUUUAACAUAUUAGCCUGUCCCUCCAUAACUUGACCAAUACUCAUCAGUUUAGCUGAAAUUACUAUGCGCUCAUCUAUAGUACUCAUGUUUGAGAUAUUUCUAAUAUUUUUCAAAAGAUAGCUGUGCUUUAAUUUCCUUUUUUACUUUUCUUAAUCAUUUAUGAAACGUUAUUACGCAUUUUUUUUGUACUUUUCAAAUUCUUAUGCAGACUGGUGCCCAUGUUAUUUGACGAAUUGGAAUAACAGGAAAGUGCUUGGUAAAGAGUUGUCCAAGAAACAUUCGUGUUAAUUUUAUUUUAUAAUUGGUCAAGCACUUUCUCAGGAGAGGAUGUUUUAAGUUUCCACUAUAUACUUAAACGUAAAUGUUACCACGCCCAAAGGUGGCCUUUUUUUCUUUCUUUUUUUUUUUUGGUCAAAUUUGGUCAAUUUUAGGGUCAACCAUGGAACAUGAAAAUGUAAUUUUAUUUUUAAAUUGGGCCACCAGUUUCUGAUACGAUCUAUUUGAGUUGCCCCUCUAUACAUAUAGGGAAACUGUCAAGUUAUCGAAAUAAUUGAAACGAACUUUGUAGAAGACCACCAAAGGAGUAUUUGUUAAGAAUUAGUUAUUGCCUAUUAUGGACUAUUUCUGUACAAUGUGGGGCAAAGGUAACAAAAUUAUAUAUCGGUAAUUAGGUUUAUUUAAAAGGAAACUAUCGAAUUUUCAGCGAUCACCACCAGUGAGCUUUAUAAAACACAUCACUGAUUACCAUUUCUUGAUAAACGCAAAUGCCAUACAUCAGUACUAUUUUCAAAGUCAUAAAUGAUAUGACACCAGGUUAUAUGGCAUCUCCUAAUUAUGCACAUAUUUACGUAAAGACAUAUAAUGUGUAAACGGUGAUAAUGUAUACAUGGUCUUACUUUUUUGAGUCGUUGAUGAUUUAUUAUUGAUUAUAGGGCCGCCGAGUGCUUAAGAUCGCAAAUUCCAAAUCACUUGCCCCUCACCGAUGUGGAUUCGAGCUUCACUCUGGUCGGCGAAUUCUUCAUGAGAGUAAGCCAUCCAGUUGGCUUACCGUAAGCAAUCCAGUUGGCUUACCGAAGGUCGAUGGUUCUACCCAGGCGCCCGCCCCUGACGAAAUAUUGCUCGGAGGGUCGCACGGGGGAUUCUUCCUCCACCAUCAGAGCUGAAAAGUUGCCAUAUCACCUGAAAUGUGUCAGUUCGACGUAAAACCCAAUAAAAAACAAAAGAUAACAUUUUUUUUUUUGGUUAUACAUGUAUGUUUAUUUUUUAGUUCAGAACACUACUGCAGUAUAUCAAAAUGUUGUAUGUAAUUGUCAGUAUAUUUAAUACGUUUUAACUUCUGUCAAUAAAUAUAUUAUUAUUAA